UUACCCUCGGCGCGCAUGCGCAGCGAGGGUACUGUAGUUGGGUUUGUCUGUCUGUCUGUUACUCUCAAUCUCACUUCUCGAAUGUCUGUUCGUCUCACAAACGAUACGACCUACUUAACGGGCAAUGAAGGUCAGAAAAUAUGUGGGGUUUUCUCUGAAAAUGCUCCGUUGCAGAGCUACAGCGCGAAAAAGGCAAUAUGCAAAUACACAACGGACGGG